AUGGGGAUCUCUCGCGCUGCCUGGGCUCUGGCCUUUGCUUUCCAGCCGUUCUUAAUCGGAGCAUUGCCUGCCCCGUCGCCACCUGGAAUCCCGUCUACCUCUACUGCCACGAGUGAGCUGUCAGGGUUGACCGUUGCUGCACAGGGAUCUCAGGAUGGAUAUGACCGUGACUUAUUUCCGCACUGGAUCACGAUUAGCGGAAAUUGCAACACACGCGAAACAAUCCUCAAACGGGAUGGAACCGACGUGGUCCAAAGCUCCAGCUGUGCUGCUACCAGUGGAUCUUGGUAUUCUCCAUAUGAUGGCGCGACCUGGAAUUCUGCAAGUGAUGUCGAUAUUGAUCACGUCGUCCCGCUAUCAAACGCGUGGAAGUCUGGGGCGUCCAGUUGGACCACAGCAGAUCGUCAAGCCUUCGCCAAUGACCUCAAGAAUCCCCAGCUACUAGCAGUCACCGAUAACGUGAACUCCUCAAAGGGCGACAAAGGCCCGGAAGAAUGGAAGCCUCCACUGGCUUCGUAUUACUGUACAUAUGCUAAAAUGUGGGUGAAGGUGAAAUCCGUCUAUGAUCUUACUAUCACUUCUGAUGAGAAGGCUGCCCUUGUUGAGAUGCUAGCUACUUGCUGA